GUUACUGCGACUCUAUUGCAGGUCAACCGGAGCCGCCCAUAUCCUGCAGCUGGUCGCUGUUGCUGAUAUCUGCCUGGUCCCCCCCGCUAGCGGCACACACCGCCAUGUCUCGAGCACGCCAGCCCCCGCUGGUGACGGGCAUCUCGCCCAACGAGGGCACCCCGUGGACCAAAGUCACCAUCCGCGGAGAGAACCUGGGCACCGGACCUGCUGAUCUCAUUGGACUGUCCAUCUGCGGACACAACUGCCUACUGACCGCCGAAUGGAUGUCCGCCAGCAAGAUCGUGUGCCGGGUCGGGCCGGCCAAGGACGACAAGGGGGAGAUCAUCGUCACCACCAAGUCCGGCGGCCACGGGACCUCCACUGUCUCCUUCAAGCUCCUGAAAACAGAGAAAAUAGGUAUCCUGGACCAGUCGGCUGUGUGGGUGGACGAGAUGAACUACUACGACAUGCGCACGGACAGGAACAAGGGGAUCUCGCCCCUGUCCCUGCGGCCGGCCAACCCCCUUGGGAUCGACGUUGACAAGUCAAAGGUGCCCCAGAAGGACCUGGAAGCCAUGUUCCCUGGGAUGAGCGGAGACUUCACCAGCGAGAACUUCUCGGCCACCUGGUACCUCAUUGAGAAUCACUCCUCCACCAGCUUUGAGCAGCUCCGCAUCGCCGCCAGCAACCUGAGGAAGCAGGCCAACAAGAAGAACGAAGGUAGCCUGGCCUACGUCAAGGGGGGGCUCAGCACCUUCUUCGAGGCCCAGGAUGCACUUGCAGCCAUUCAUCAGAAGCUGGAGGCCGACGGGACGGAGAAAGUGGAGGGCUCCAUGACGCAGAGGCUGGAGAACGUCCUGAACCGUGCCAGCGACACGGCAGACACGCUGUUCCAGGAAGUGCUGGGCCGCAAGGACAAGGCGGACUCCACCCGCAACGCCCUGAACGUUCUGCAGCGCUUCAAGUUCCUCUUCAACCUGCCGCUCAACAUCGAGCGCAACAUUCAGAAGGGAGAUUAUGAUGUUGUGAUCAAUGACUAUGAAAAGGCCAAGUCUCUCUUUGGAAACACUGAAGUCCAGGUGUUCAAAAAAGUUUACGCCGAAGUGGAAACGCGCAUUGGCGCUUUGAGGAGCCUUCUGCUGGACAAGCUCCUGGAGACGCCAUCCACGCUGCACGACCAGAAGCGCUACAUACGGUACCUGUCAGACCUGCACGCCUCGGGUGACCCGGCCUGGCAGUGCAUCGUGGCCCAGCACAAGUGGAUCCUCCAGCUCAUGCAGACCUGCAAGGAUAACUACGUCAAGAGCCAAAGAGUGGGGCCCGGAGGUGCCGGGUCAGGGCUGGACCUGGAGGGUGACCCCCGGCCGUCCGCAGUCAGCCGUCUCAGCCACACCGCCUCCCUGAAGAGGGGAAGCAGCUUCCAGACCCCCGGGGAUGCCUCCUGGCGCUUCAAGGGCCCGCAGCAGGUGAGCUUCGUGGAGAACCUGACAGACGUGGUCAUCAGCCAGCUGCCGAACUUCUGGAAGCUGUGGAUCUCCUACGUGAAUGGGAGCUUGUUCAGCGAGACGGGUGAAAAAUCUGGGCAGGUGGAGAAGUCGAAGAAGAACGCCAGGCAAAGACAGAAUGAUUUCAAGAAAAUGAUUGAGGAGGUGACUCACCGCCUGGUGAAGCUGGUACGGGGGGCCCUGCUGCCCUCCUCCCUGUCAGAGGCAGAGCUCCGGCUGUAUGGGGGCUGGGAGGCCAAGAGCAAGCUGUCCGCUCAGUGGCUGACCCAGGUCAUCCACACUGUCAGAGUGAGUCACGAGGCACUUGCUGCCCUAGAGAUCCCCAAUGAUCUUCUGCAAGUGAUCCAGGACCUGCUGCUGGACCUGCGUGUGCACUGCCUGAUGGUGACCCUGCAGCAGACCACUGAAGAUGUGAAGCGAUUGGCUGAGAAGGAAGACUGGGUCGUGGACAAUGAGGGAAUCACCUCCUUGCCGGCGCAGUUCGAGCAGUGCAUGGUCCAGAUGCUGCAGUCGCUGAAAGAAGCCAUGGAGUGCAAGCCUGGGGAAGGCAAUAUCUUUCAGCAGGAGGGAACUGAGGGCAGGGCUUGUGAACUCUGUAUUGGUAUAAUGAAGGCAUUUAUAAAUUGCCUGGAACAAUUAAGCACAAAAAGUGACAGUGACAUCGACACUUCCCACAUGUCUGUGGAUAUUGCAUCUCCAGACAUCUUCAGCAGUAUUCAUGAGGACUUCAGUCCAUCCCCGGAGCAGCGUCUGCUCAUUAUCCUCAGUAACUGCCAGCACCUGGAGAAGCACACCUUCAUCAACCUGGCCGAGCACUUUGAGAAGCACGGCUUCCUGGGCACUGAGAAGAUCACUCGGGUGAGUGUGGAAGUGGUGAGAGAACUGGACGAGAGGCUCUUUGAGUCCUACAUUGAGAAGAAGGCUGACCCCAUUGUGGGCUCGCUGGAACCCGGCAUCUACGCAGGCUACUUUGACUGGAAAGACUGCUUGUCCCCUACAGGUGUAAGAAACUAUCUGAAGGAAGCAUUAGUGAACAUAAUCACAGUCCAUGCAGAGGUUUUCACCGUAUCCAAGGAGCUGGUCCCACGCGUCCUGUCCCGAAUCGUGGAGUCCGUCGCCGAGGAGAUGAGCCGCCUCAUGCAGUGCGUGUCCUCUUUCAGCAAGAACGGAGCACUGCAGGCGCGGCUGGAGAUCUGCGCCCUGAGCGACGCCAUAGCCUCAUACCUGACCCCUGAGAGCAAAACCAGCUUCAAGCAGGCCCUGGAAGCCCUCCCCCAGCUGCACAGCGGAGCCGAUAAAAAGCUGUUGGAGGAGCUCCUCAACAAUUUUAAGAGCAGCAUGCACCUCCAGCUGGCCUGUUUCCAGGCCUCCUCCGUCCCUCCUGUGAAGAGAUGAGGGCUCUCUCCAUGCCCCCAGCAGAGCCUCCAAAAAUGCGCUCAUGGGAACAUGGUACCUGGUAUCACUGUCACACUACCUGGUCAUAUCUGACAUGUUUUUUUGUUCCUGUACAGGGGAAGAUUACAUUACCGCAUAUGAACAAGCCUAAAUAUGCCUAUGAAGAGCAUCUCAUAAAUAAAA